UGCGCUGCGCGGCGGCUGCUUCCAUCUCGUCUCUUUGUCGUGAGGUCCCUGGAUGUGAGUGCGGAGGAGUGGACUCGCGAUCAUAGUUUUAUCCGAAAUUUUCGAAGUGCGAAACAUUUACGAACGACGAAUCCGCUACGACGAUAAUGGCCGAGAUAACGGAUUUCGGACCGCGAAAGACGAUUUUUAUACUCGCGAUUGUGGCCGGCUGCUUCGCGGUGCUAUGGCCGAAAAUUUUCUACCCUAUGCUCACAGCAUCUGUCACUUCACAUCACCACACGGACAGUUCUGCGUGCUGCGAUGUAAUAUUCGAAAGUGAUGUCACUGCGGUGGAUAUUAUGCAAGAAAUGUGUCAAAAUAUAUUGAGGCAUCAUCCGGUCGAUCCGCGCGUUAGAGACGCGUUGAAACACAGCAAAUUGACUCCUCAAACCUCCAGCUUGUGCAGAGAGGAAGUUCUAGCCCGAUGCGGCAUUGACUUGUCGUCCUUCUUGGCUGAGAGGGAACGCCUGGGGAAAACCUAUAAACAAGUACUAGAGGAGAUUAGAUCGUUCAACGGUUCCCUCUGCCUUAAGAUGAAUUUUGGUGUGCCACUAUCACAGUUAGGGACACCUCAUCUUAUCAGAUAUCAUAUUUUGAUGCCACACAACACCAUACGGCAGGAGCGUCGUACUCCUCCCCACGCAGGCGAAAUGCAUCCUGCAAUGAGGGAGCGGGGAAGGGCCAUACCAUCCUCCCAUAUCGUGCCGAGAGUAGUGGACAGACCUGAUCACAUCGUGCCAAAGAUGAGGCCGCCUCUCGGUGGCGCCGGUCAUGUAGUUCCAGCUCCAAAGGGGAACAGCACAACGGGGAUUUUAAUGCCGCUCUACACGAUAGGGAUAGUUUUGUUCUUCUUGUACACCAUCGCCAAGGUAAACGUGUUGAGGAAGUAUUCCGACAGCGAGAUCAUUUCGGAAUAUCCAGGGGUAGCUGCUGAGAAGGAAUUUCGCAAGAUGGUGUUCAACCCGGAAGCUCUGGCGACUGCGAUGACCGGGGGUGCGCUACAUUAUCAGAGGGAAAUGUCGUCACACGCCGCACCGACUAUAGAAGAGUUGAAGGACCAAGCGGCAGGAGACAUAGAGAUAGAUCAACUGAGACAACGAUUGGUCGAGACGGAAGCAGCCAUGGAAAGAAUUGUUGUCCAGAUGGGCAACAUAUCACGUUCAGUAAUGCAUAACUCGGCCUCACAGCCCGAAAUCAAGGAGGACACUGCAGACCAGGAAUCACGUAGUAGAGAAGGCGAGGAGUUAGAUGCAGUAGAACAGUCGCCAACGGUUAAAGUCAUGGGUAUGGAAAUGACGGCCAGUUGCGAAAGUGGACAGAAAUGUAGCAGACCUACCACUCCUAUUAUUCCUACACCACCCAGUAAUGUCGAGAGAGAAAAAACGCCACCAAAACCUAUAUAUCUAGAGGGUGCGCUUCCGCCGCAAUGCGAAUUACUCGUGACCGAUUCAGAAACUCAAGCGGAAAAAUCAGAGGACGACGACGACGCUCCCGUUGUUCUCUCAGGCAAAAUGACUCUCUCCCUCAUCAGCCUCGACCAGAUCGCAGCUGAAUCAGAGGAUGAAACUCGAGAUACAAAGGAGGAGGAAGAAAGCGUGGAUGGCAAGAGGAGAGGAAAUAUUUUGGAUACCCAAGGAGAAGUUAAAGACGUUGGAGAAAAGACAACGGAAAAACAAACAGAAAAGACCAAAGUCGAAGCGGGAAAUGAAGAGACAGAGGAAGAGGUUGAAAAAAUCGAAGAAGUGGAGGAUGUGCAAAAUAAUGUGGAUCUUGUAAGGGAUUAUAAACAAUUUGAAGUGAAACAGGAGAAACAAGGGGAAGAAAUAAAAGCAAGGAAGGAAAAUGAUACGAAAAAUGAUAAGCAAGAAAUAGAAAUUGAAGAGGAAUAUGAGGAGGAGGAAGAGAAAGAGGAAGUAGAAGAGGAAGUAGAAGAAGAAGAGGAAGAGGAAGUAGAAGAAGAGGAGGAGGAAGAAGAAUAUGAAGAAGAAGAAAUAGAAGAAGAAGAAGAAGAAAUAGAGGAAGAAGAGGAGAAAAAACAUAAAAUCACAGCAGAAAUGAAAGAGAAACAAAUAUAUGUAAGGAAACAAGAAGAGGAAGAGGAAGAAGAAGAUGAAGAAGAAGAAGAAGAGGAAGGAGAAGAGGAAGAGGUAGAAGAAGAAGAGGAAGAAGAAGAAGAGGAAGAAGAAGAAGAAGAAGAAGAAGAGGAAGAAGAGGAAGAAGAGAAGGAACAGCAGAUAGAAAAGAAGCAAGGAGGAAAAAUCCAGGAACGUCAGCAAUUCAGUCACAAUAAAAAUGUUAAAAGCUUUGGAGAUAAAAAAAAAUAUAUGGAAGAUUCUGAUCAAGAUUUAGAGCAAUCGGAAGGUGAGGGUACCGAAGAUGAUGAAGUGGAAGAUGACGAUAUGGAUGCCGAUGAAGAAGAAGAAGAUGAUGAUGAGGAGCACGAGGAAAGCGAUGCAGAAAAAUCUGGAUUAGCUUCCAGCGAAUGCAUAACUCGCAAGAGAAGAGAUUAGAGCAAUUCUGUUUUUUCCAGCGGUGGAUCAGUGUUUACCAAUCUUUAAGAAAUCUCUACAUUAGGAAAAAAAAGGUACUACAAUAAUUACAGGAAGGCUGGUGUAGUAUAUCUGCAACACAUGAAAAUGUAUAAACUUGUUUAAGCACUGCCAAAUACUUGAAAUGCUAUGCGCGUCGCAUUUUCGUUUUGUUACUCGUUAUAUUCGACAUGUGAUAGAAUCACAAAUUUAUUGACCAUAUAGGGGCCAAAAGAAAGAGAGGCAGUGCUUUAUUCACACAUUUGUGCCACAUUACAAUUACCAGGACGGCUUAGAUACUUGGAUCUAUAUAUAUAGAUAUUAUUCUGUCUAGUCAGAAAGCCGUUUACGGGAAUGUCUUCUAGGACUCGAUAGAUGAAACGAAAAUAAUAGAGACGAGUUUUUCUAAUCGUUACAUAGCGUAACGAUAUAGAUAAAUAUGAAACUCGGUGAUUGGCAAGCACUGAUACAACUUACAUGUGAAAGCCAAAGAUCUGGUCUAGUCAUCUUUUUUUUUUAUUACGAGUAAGGUUCGU